AAAUUCUCUCAUUGCAGUACUGAAAUAUCCUGAUUUACCUGGCAAUUUCCUUAAUAGCACAUGUAUCACUGACCUUGUGAUGCUCUAUUCUCCCUGCAGAGAAUCUUUAACUUGCAUUUUAAAUCUUCAAAAUCUAUUGUCAUAGACUUCAACAGUCUUAUUGUAUAAUCUCUCUUUUUUUAUUUUAAAUCUCACCACUUUGUCACUGAGCUUUUGAAACACAAGCUGUCCCAGGCAAAAAUCCCCCUUGUUUCAAAACCCACAGAAAAUGGCUAUUAGGUCAUUUAGAGGGAAGUUGUUGAUUCACCAGUAGAUUUUCUCAGGCUUUUCUAGCCCUUGUUGAGACAUUCUAGAUGAGGAACUGGCUAAGUCCUAGCUGUCUGCUGCCUUCAAACACUUCUGUCUCUGCAUUUGCAAACUCACAGCCCAGAGUUUGUGGCUUUUGUCAGAUCCAUAAACAGUGAGAAAGCUUUCCUCCCCUUUUUUUUUGCUUCUGAGCUGUUUAACUUCUGUUGUUUUUAUGGGCACCAGACAGUCUUUGUGUUAUGCCAUACUGAAUUAAUUAUUUUUUCCUUCCAGAUAUCUUCAUUUUCACUGAGUAGUUCAUUCCACUUCAGUUCUCUAAUUGGAAGUUCACAGAUAAAUCUUAGAGAAGAACACAUUUGACUGUCAAAUUCAAGCUCUUUGGAACCCAUAUAAUUGAAUCAUAGGCUUUUGAGAUGAUUGGUUGAUUUAUUUAUUUUAUUGUCAGUGGAAUUUCCGGCUAACUGCAGCAGCUGGUUAGCUCCUCCUUCCUAAAUGAAAAAAGGAAUGCAAUGUCAUUUUUUGAGAUGUUUAACAUAUUUGGUGGCAGAGAAAGAUUUUCUUGUUUGUGGUCAAAAAAAUAUGCCCAUCUUUAGUUACAUUGGAGCAGAGGGGAACGGAUGUUGCCUUAUACUCUGUUCAGAUAUAUCAAAAAUGUGCCAAGAAUAGAGAAGGAAGGAUCCUGACUCCUGAACCGAUUGUUUAGCCUGCUGAAAGAUGUCUGAUCUUUCCUCAUUAGUAUUUAUAGCUUGAACUUUCUCUUCUUUUAAGGCUUUUGUCCGGGGUACCUAUAGCAUAAGCCCCUCAAAAUUCUCAUUUACUGUGGUCAACUCUCAAAAGGAUAAUGAAUUUCUCUCUUAAAUCUUUUGAUAGUGGUUUACACUUGUGUUGAAUUACUGAAAGCUGUGUGUUUCUCUUGAGGACUGAACAUGAUUCAGUAUUUCUGUCCUAAUAGAAUGACUUGGCACCUUUUCUCUAAAGUUGUUUUCCUAAGCCAUCUUUGCCCUUCGAGCCAGCAGCUUGGUUGCCUCUCUCUGCUGUUCUGGGAGGAUUUGAAUCAAAUUUCUGCUAACUUCAGUGGGGGAUCUCUAUUCAGUCAUUGUAGAUAAUUCUCAAGACUUUUUCCCUCGGUCCUGAUUUGUCCCGGUUGCCUUUAACAGAAGCUGUUAAACUGCUUGCCUUCAAGGGAAGAGGAUCAUCUGCAGAAAUGAAAGUUCAAGUUAGAACAAAUCUCAGCCUGACUUUUUUUUUUUUUUUUUGUGGACAAGAAUGAAACUGAGGUUAACUGGGGUGAAAGACUUUGGGCUCUAAUUGACAAAAGGGAAAAACAAACAAAGAAAAACAUUAGAUAUGUCUAGAGAUAGGAUAUGUGUUUAGUCAGACUUUUUUGCCAAAGGACCUCUUUACUAAUCUGAAGUGACCAGUCUUUAAGACAUGCCAAGAUGAUUCUGUUUUCAAGCCCUUCCUCUCCCAAAUGGUUUAAGUUUCAGUGCCAUUUGUGUGAUUUGUGUUCUGCAUAUUUGGAACCUCAACUUAAAAUUAUCCCACUCAUUUUAUAUAGGCCAUGAAGCACAGAUGGUUCUCCCUAUAUUAAAAAUAUACUUUUAGGUAGCCCACUGCCUUAUACUUACACUAGGAAAGUAAUUGAAAAUACAAGUUCCUGAGCUAAACAUUUCCAGUUUGAAUUUGAAGUCCUUGGACAAUGAUUCUUCUGGUUCUGUUUGCUUUUUAAACUUAUUUAUUUAUUUUUCAGUCUCACAGCCAAGUUGUUACUAGGCAGUUUUUAAUGAAACAAUGUGGUCAUUUUGUAAACAAAACAAAAACAAGUUAGAAUCUAAGCAAUGAGAGAAUCUAAAAAUGAAGGCAGAAUGUCUGAAGUGUUCUAAGGUUUUAAGUAAUCCUUUCCUUUGAAGUCAGCUGUGCCCACAGCAUACAAAUAAUAUCUAAAGUGCAUAUAUCAUAAGUUAUUAUUUUCCUUUUUAGGAAAAGACCACUUUUUAAAAAAAGCUUCUAUAGCUGUUGUGUUUAUGACUACCAUAACUGCUGUUGAUUUAAAGGUUCUCAUUUUAAAGAUUGAUUUGAGGAUUCUGUUCUCCAGGUUCUCCUCUUUUAAAUUAUCGGGAAAUGGAAACUUGGGUUGCAUACCCUUAACAAAACUAAACCCUAAAGAUGAACCACAAAGGAGUGAGGAGUAGAAAGGUCAGCAUCCCGAGGCAGGCAGCCCAAUGUCAUUGCUGUGCUCUUAAUUGUAUGUCCUGUUUGUUUGUUCUUAAGAAACAAAUAAACAAACAAAAGCCUUGCCAAGCCAGUAGGUGACCUGGUUCUUUGCCACUAUGGAGUAAUUAGUAGCUUUCAGCCUCACUACUGUGGUCCCCCUGUUUCACAACAAAUUUGUGUGUUCUUUAUUUGCUAAUGUUGGUAUGCAGUUGAAACUGUUUUCUUUUCAGUCAGAUGUAUCAGAGCUCUAAAAAGCCUCAUGAUUUUCUUACAAAUUUAUUUCUGAAUAUUUACGUUUCAUCUCUGUUGCAAUGAAAGCAGUUCACAUUAGCACUAGACAAGCUUUCAUUGCCUUGUGCCAAGCAUUGGGAUGUAAAGCAGGUGCAGAUUACAAAUGGAUCCCUUUCUGGAUUGUAGAUAAGGCCCUAUUUGUCCUCAGGAGUCAGAAAGUCCAGGGAAAGAGAGGACUUCAAAAUUCUAUCACAUUCUUUCUUUACACUGAGGUGGCUUUUAUGCUUCCUAAAGAUAGAAGAUCAUUUGAUAACUUUUGGGGCCUGACAUUCUCAGUUCUUCUAAAAUAGGGCUGCUUCAUCCUCAGAGCCCUUGCUGGUAUGGCACCAGCCCAGCCUGGAGAACCAUGCACAAGGAGAAGUCAGUAUGUUCAGUGUGGCCGUCAGUUUCUUUCCUGUGCCCUCUGCUAAAGACCACCAAUUGUACCAUUUGCCAUGUUUCAUGCCAGGGGAAAUGGAAGAGGAAGCACCAGGGAGCUUGACAGAAGUGUGUGUCAUAUGUGUGCUGACACUGACACAAACCACUAAUUAAGUUCACCGACAGUUUCUGUACAUGCAAGCUGAAUGAAGUUGUAAUUAUCCCUGAACCAAACUGGUUGUUGGUCUCAUCUUCUGUAUUAUGGUUUCGAUCAGCGGGUAAUGCUCACCCAUCCAGGGAACUUCAAGGUAGUGUAGCUGGCCUUCAUUUGAAAGGUGCCACAGUGAGCUGUGCCAUGCUUGUCUGACAUCACCCCACCUACCAGAUGUGCCUUAGCAGCCUCAGGAGAGAGACCAUAAUAUUUUUGAGUGGAGAGAACAAAAGCAGCAUUUCCCUCCAACAAUAUGGCCCACACAUGGACAGCGGGGGGGCCUGCAGUGCUGUUUUACAUCCCUGCCCUCCCAACAUUUGUGUUCCCAGGAUCAUUACAUUACCAGUAGGAAACUGGCACCCCAUUUGGUUUCUCUGAGGAGAGUGGCUGCCGUGGGGCAGACCUGUAAGUGUGCUGUGCACAUCUGCAUCUGCCACGAGGCUGAUGCUGGGUACAAGUCCCCCCUGGGUUGCCUCUCUUUUCUGUCUUCUCUAGAUCCAUUUUUUAACAGAUGGCAGUCCAUGGAGUCCACACAGCAAUAGCUCUGGCUGGACUGAGAUAAUAAUUUGUUGCUCUUGAACUUUUUUUUUUUUUUUAAACAAGUGGUUAAAUAGGGAUAAAAGUUGAAAGGCUGUGCAGAAUUGGGUUUGUGUCUGCUACAGGCAUCAAAGGCAGAGUAACAGAUGAGAAUGGACUUUGAGCUGUAUUCAUUUCAGUCUCAGAGAUGCUGAAGCUGUUGAAUCAGGAUUGUGUUACCCAUGGUACAAACCUGACUCUGACAAAUGAGUCUGAUAUAAUUAUCUCUGGCUCAUGAAAGUCAUUACUGUGUGUGAUAAGUGUGAAGAAUAGGAAGAAAAGAAAUAAUGAAAGUGUAACUUCUGUAGCACCAAUUACCUCAAAAGUAAAUCUAAGCAUAAUUACAGCAAAUCCACAUUAUUCAGGGUUAUACUGUAUUUCAGUAUGUGGAUGCUUUCUAAAUGCAGCUAUUUUUAACUGAUUUUUAUUCAUAGCACUGAUGGAUUCUUAAAAUUUUUUAUCAUUGGUUAACAUUAUUAUUGCUCAUAAUACAGGACUGCUAGCAUAAACAGAAAAAAAGUCCUUCUUUUGGUAUUUUCAGUUUAAUUUGUUCAAAAUCAGCUCAGAGUCAGUGUAUAUUGGGAGUCAGCAUUGGGUAUCCACAGAGAGUAGGGUAUGAUGAGGUUUGUUUUACUUUAAACAGUAGUAUUUAAUUUGGAGCAAUGUGAAUAUUUUGAAGUGUUAGCCCUGGUUUUGCUGUUAUCCCAGGACUCACCAUUUUUGAUAAGGUUUCUUUUCCAUUAAAGGCUAAAGGGUAGAGGAAGAUUUUUCUGUGUUUUACCUCUUCUUGGAGAAUUUGUUGCUGCCUCCAGGCCCUGCAUGCUCUUUCAAGUAACAGAGGGGAGCUGCUGCUGCGUGUGGCUGUGAAUUAAUGCAGAGCUUUCAUCUUUGCUCCAAAGAAUCUAGUGACCCAAUUUCUGUUAAGAUUUCCUGAAAGGCACUGAUGUGCCUCAUUGUAUUGGGUGGUGUAUUUACUAUUACUGCCCAAAUUCCUGUAAUACUGUUAGUGCUUAGUAAUAAUUAUGAUGAAAAAGAACCUAUAAUAAGACAUGCUUCAAAAUGGUAUUGGUAAAUUCCCACGCUGUGUGCCUGUCACAGGGACCUGUCCUGGGAGGUACUGGCUGCCCUCCUUUUCCACAGAUCACAGGGACGGUGUCCAGCACCUCUGGGUGAAAGCUGGUAGCAGAAGAAUUACAGCAUAUUUUGUUAUGAUCUUUCCCCUCUAUCUAUGCAUAAGAGCAGGAAUUCUCAUGGGUACAGUAAUACAAAAACCUUCAUGAGAGAAAUGGAAAUCGUCAUUACAGUUCCCAUGACACAACCCAAAGUAAGGUCAGUGCUGGGGAGUGAUGAUAGCAAAGCAUGAGACCAUUGAUGUGUUUGUAUUUGGUUUUGUAGAACACUCUUACUGAGUUUCUUACCUAUUUUUUCUGAAAUUUUCCAGAACACUUCAGAAUUUGCAGGAGAAACAGCUGCAAAUUAUUCAGAAUAAAACUGUGUCACGUCUUUAAGUAUUAUUUACCACGCAAGAGCCACCUGUGUUGUUAUCAGAUACAGCUUGGCUAGAUAUGUGUCCCUAGCAGGACUAAACAUUGUCACCACAGGAUUGUACUGAGCAGCUGGCAGGAAUGUAGCCUAAGUAAACCUCCUGCUCACUGCCAGCAGGAGUUUCUCCUGUAGUUAGUCUGUUGUAAAGUCUCUGAGAAAAAUCUUCCUGCUGUCAUGACUCAGAGCUUACAGUAACCCCCAAGCAGUGGCUGCAGUUAGGCGUGUACAUAACAGCUUCUGUCUGCAUGCAUUCAGACAAGCCCUAUUGACUUACUUUAUUGCUAAAUGUUUGGCCAUGUGUUUAAAGAGGAUGGGAGAGGGAAGGCAGAUUAAUAUUUAUUCUAACAUACUAGUUCACUUUUUUAUACCCUUCUUGCCUUUUGGCAGCUGCCUGUUUUUUCUGUUUACUACCUAGAGGGUGAGGGGGUGGUACCAGCUUUUUCCUGUUCUCCAUGCAUCAGCCAGCAGAAGAUGCUAUAAUCCAUAAUGUGGUUUCCCUGCCCCCAAGCCUAUUAAAUUAGAACAAAGCUUUGCUCAGUUCAAGAAUUAGGAAUUUCAAAAGCCACGUGUUUCACUGCCCUAUUUGGCAGACACAGGCUGAAUAAACUUUCCUUGUGGUACAAGAGAAAAUUUUAAUUGCCCUCUCAUUGGUUACCCCUUGUGCCCUUUCCCCAGUGCUGGUGUUUCCUUCCUCAUGCUUUGGAUGGUAAUAUUAACAUCCUGAUUGAAGGUACUAUAAGAAUGUAACUUAAGUUACUACAGCCUUCACUAAAAGGUUCUCAUCCUUCCCUUCUUUCUCUGAUAGGAAUUUUGCUUUGUUUCAUGUAUUGCUGUUUCACCCUUGGUUUUCCAAGAAGUCGAGAGUUGAAUUUCCAGCACCAGUAGAGUACUCCAUUUAUUAAUAGUACAGCCUAUGCCAAAGUGUAGGAAUUCUCCCUGAAUCUUCUUAGCCUUGCCAAAACAUAAGAUUCAGUUGAGAGAGUCUUGUAAAAGACUUUUUGAUUCCAUGUGCAGAGGAGUCUGCAGGAGAAUUGGAAAAGAAUGUUGCAUUGUAACAGGUACAAAAUAAUGUAAUUCAGAGCUUCAUUCUGCUACAUAUACCUAUGACAAGUGGUACAUAAGUACAGUUGUAAUGUCAUUAAAAUUGAUUAUGCUAAUCAGUGAGAGAAGCACUUCACCAUGAGGAAAUGUGUCUGGCUUGCAGAUACAAAUGUCAGCAAUGUGCUUCUCAAAUUUAAACUAAAACCUGGAAACAGUUAACAGCUAGGAAUUUGCCUAAGCAGCUAUUCUUGUAUCAAGACAGACCUCCUGGGAGAAUUAAACUUUUAUGCUCUCGUUACUUAUGACAAAUAUUUCCCACUAAUUUCAGCAAGCAGUGUCGUUUGCAUUACACCAGCUAAUGUGUAAUAUAUCUCUCAUCAAAGUAGCCGUUGGAUGCUCCUUUGAUUUUCUUAUAAGUAAUCACAGACCAAACCCAGACAUGGUUACCUACGGGGUCUGACACUGCACAUUUUAGACUUGCACAGACCUUGCAAUUCAUGUUCUUGGAAAAAAAUAUAUUGAUGACCUCUGGAAAUUUUCUUUAAAAUUUUGGAGGCUGUUAUUUGUAACUUCAGGAUAUGAUACAGCUUAUCACUUAUUAGUUUCAUGCAGUUUUCUUACGCAGCCUGUGCAAGGAUUAGAGGUCUGUGAAGCUUUUUUAAUGAAACCCAAAACCUUUAAAACUCAAGUUGCAAAGCCCCAAACUUAGAUCAGUUUCAUUCAUGGCCAUGAACUUUUAAGGGAAUCUGGGAUACAUUUCAAGGAAGUUGCUGUCAUGUUUCACUUGAUGUGGGCUUGUAUGUUAUUGAAACUGGAGAACACUAGCUGGUUUUAUCUGAAGCUUAGAAUUUUCCAUAGGGCUUUACAUCAGAGUUUUGGGGCUGAAGUAAUUCAAGGGUAAGAACCCAGCUACAGCACACUAGUCAAUUUAGCUUACAUGACCACUCGGGAGUAGAAAAGCUGUGUACAGUCACUACUAAAAAGGUGAUUUGAGAAAUUGAAAAAGGCUAUUUGACUGAGGGGCUCAUUAAAAUUAGCUAGCCAUCAAAGGAAAUAGAUGUUUAGUCCAGCUAUGAUUUCCCAAUGUGAUUGAUUUGCAGUAAAUCCAGAUAAACAGACCACUUAUAGUGUGGUCCUGAUAAAGGAGAAUCUUCCCUGGCUUAAAGAGAGUGCUGUUGUGGUAUGCCUAUGCUACUGCUUGCCACCCUUGGAUAGCAGUGUUCCCAAUAAGCAGCAAUCUUGGUCCCUGUUUUCAUGUGCUCUGAGAAGAAAUGUCCAAAUUCUGGAUUUUUUGUGAGGUUUGGGGUAAGGUGUGGUUGGUAAAAGGCGUGCCAACUUACUUUGAGCAUCUCAGAGUCUGUUUCUUAGGAAGGGAGAACUGAGUCCAGCCUAGGCAGAGAACUUUAAAGUCACACUGCAAUACUUCAUAAAGCCACCACUUCUGGACCAGCAUUUCUCUUUCCAGUUCUUAUUUAUGCCUUUUCUAGCACUGAAACUGAGGGGAAAGAUCAAAAAAUAAGUAUCUAAGUUCACCAACUUAAAAAACAUUUAAGCAAGGUUUAUUUUCCUUUCAAAUAUGCUUUUUAUAAAGGGAAAUCCUCCUGGGAUUUUUGUCAAAAGUAUUAAAAAAGAGAAAAUUAAAAAAGCUUGGUAAAGGGUUUAAGUUACAUUUCCUAUAGACACGGCCUCCACUCUAGUGGUAGUGUUUGAGGGUCACUCUUCGUCCUGGCUUUGCAGAGAUUCUCUGUAUCUUUUUCUUUCACUGAAAUUCCAUAGACAGUAAUUAAGGAACUGGAGGCCAGCAAGAGGUCAGCAAGCCUUCGUCAGUGAAAACAGGGAUUGUUUGCCAUGUACAACACUCCCUUUUUUCCUUGUGGUGAAUAGAAGAUUUGCUUAGAGCUGAUGACUUAUGCCUUUCUUGCAAGUUAUGCAGCUAGCGAGUAACUGGGGGAAUCAAUCAGUGAGCAGAAAACAGCUAAUUGAGUCCAGCAUCACGCUUUUUUCUUCUUUACAUAUUCAGCACUGGAAUCGGAGCCAGUUUGGUGUCUGAUAAUGUAACUCGAGAGAAGAGGCAUUUUGUGUGCAGGAUUCAGAGCAAAUUCAAUACUUAAGAAGAAGUGUCUGCUCCUAAAUUUUAGGGUUACAAAGCUGACAGCGGUUGAGGACUCGGGGGAAAAUACUCGAAACUGAGCUUUAGGCCUAUAAAUGCCGAAGCUGUCAAGAGAACAAUCCGAUGAUGAAACAGAGGAGUCGGUGAAGUUUAAGAGGUUGCACAAGCUGGUGAAUUCUACUCGCAGAGUCAGGAAGAAACUCAUAAGAGUUGAAGAAAUGAAAAAACCCAGCACAGAAGGUGUGGAAGAGCACUCACUUGACAACUCUCCUAUACUGGAUGACAGAUCAGCACUUUACUCUGGAGUUCACAAGAAGCAAUUCUACUUUGACAGCUCCUGUGAAAAGCAGCCAGAGGACGAUUCGGACUCACUCACUACUUCUCCUUCAUCCAGCAGUCUUGAUACGUGGGGAGCUAACCGGAAGCUGGUGAAGACCUUCAGCAAAACUGAUAGCCGUGGCCUUAUCAAGCCUCCCAAGAAACUUGGGACAUUUUUCUCUUACCCAGAAGAGGAGAAGUCCCAGAAAGUUUGCCGCUCCUUGACAGAUGGGGAAAUGAAGAAGAGCCUCGGCUCGCUGAGCCAUGGGGUAAGUACAGAAAGCAUUUGCUUUUAUGACAGCAACAGGCACAAGCACCAUCUUCUGGUGUCCCUGGAGGAGAUUCAGAGUGUAAGGAAGCAGAUCCGAUUGAAGAAAAUGGAUACUAACUAUUCCUGUUCCAGAGCUUUUCUUUGCCAGCGCCCUGCUAGGAAAGGAGCAUCCCCCACAUCUUGCGACCUACAAUUACUGCGGCACAAAACGAAAGGGGGUGGAGGUUGUGGCUUCCCAAACAGAAGGCUACGAGGGCGCACCUCUGUCAGCGAGUUCAAUAUCACCUAUGUGGUGGAGAGAAGCCUGUACAGUCACCUCAACCUCUCACAGCUGGUGCGUCCCGUUACUGACAGGACCCUGAGCAAGGCUGACAAGCAGGACCUGAGGAGAUGCCUGCUGGAGGAGGAUGAGGAGGCCAAGAGGAAGUGGGCUGCCACAGUGGAUCGCUGUACUAAAAGGGUUCUCUUGAGAAUCCACCAAAAGUCUAGAACCUGUAGCUUUGGCGGCUUUGAUUUGACAAAUCGUUCCCUUCAUAUUGGAAACAGUUCUGACCAAAUGGGCAAAGAAGGAGACUUUAUUUAUAAAGAAGUGAUCAAAUCACCCUCUGCCUCCCGUAUAUCUCUGGGCAAAAAGGUGAAGUCUGUAAAAGAAACCAUGAAGAAAAGGAUGUCAAAAAAAUACAGCAGCUCUUUGUCUGAGCAGGAGUCCAGCCCUGGGAUCGUGCCGGGUUCCCCACAGUCGCCACCACCAGACACUGACUCCCUGGACAAACCCAAGCUGAAAGCUGGUGGCUCAGUGGAGAGCCUGAGGAGUUCCUUAAGCGGUCAGAGCUCAAUGAGUGGUCAGACAGUGAGUACAACAGAUUCCUCAACCAGCAACAGGGAGAGUGUGAAAUCAGAAGAUGGUGAUGAUGAAGAGCCUCCUUACAGAGGACCUUUUUGUGGAAGAGCCAGGGUUCACACUGAUUUUACUCCAAGUCCUUAUGAUACAGAUUCUCUGAAGCUCAAGAAAGGUGACAUCAUUGAUAUAAUCAGCAAACCCCCCAUGGGCACUUGGAUGGGUCUGUUGAACAACAAAGUUGGCACCUUCAAAUUUAUCUAUGUGGAUGUGCUAAAUGAAGAGGAAGAGAAGCCGAAGCGGCCCACCAGGAGACGUCGGAAAAGCAGACCACCCCAGCCGAAGUCAGUUGAGGAUCUCUUGGAUCGCAUCAAUCUGAAGGAGCACAUGCCCACUUUUCUGUUCAAUGGUUAUGAAGAUCUGGAUACCUUUAAGCUUUUAGAAGAAGAAGAUUUGGAUGAACUGAACAUCCGAGAUCCUGAGCACAGAGCUGUUCUCCUCACAGCAGUGGAACUUCUUCAGGAAUAUGAUAGUAACAGCGACCAGUCAGGCUCUCAGGAGAAACUUCUCAUUGAAGGCCAAGGCCUAAGCGGAUGCUCUCCUCGGGAUUCUGGCUGCUAUGAAAGCAGUGAAAACCUGGAGAAUGGUAAAACUCGAAGGACCUGUCUUCCGCCCUCUAAAUCAGCAAUUGAGCAUAGCUUUAGGGAUUUCAGCAGAAACCAGCUAUCAAAUUAUCCCACUCUUCCACUGACCAAGUCAAUAGAAACUCUGCAGCCAGGGGAAAAAGAAAGCCGGCUGGGUUGUGCACAUCGUGCUCUGAAGAGCUCUGUCAAGCCUCCAGCCGUCACGGCUCUGAAGAAGAACCGCAGAAGUUUACCAGUUGCUGUGUGUCGAAGUUAUGAAACCCUGGAUGGCCCCCAGGGGGUAGAUGCAUGGCCAAGAUCUCACUCACUGGAUGAUCUCCAGGGAGAGUCCAAUACUAACUUACAGGACGCUAACAAGAAAGUAGGUUCUUUUCCUCAGGAUUCACUGGAUAUAGCUAAAAAGGUAACUGGCUCUGCCUUGCCGCCUCAGUCUCAUGGAGGCAGCUGUAAGGUAGAUGAUGUCAUGGCUAAGCAGGGCAAAGGAGCUGCUAAUUCUCAGAAGGGAAGAGCUAAGGAAUUGAACUGCUCUGUAGUGGAGACUGCAGGUGGAAAGCCUGCUCCGUCCCCCCUGAAAAACUGUGAAGCUCAGCCUGCCUUAGUGAUGCAUCAUGCAACAAGGACACCUCUGGAAAUACAGAGUAAAGGUUUUCAUGACCUUGCACGGGCUGAUUAUGCUCCAGUCCUCAAGGGAGGUCUAGAAGCUGAGCAAAAAAGCACAAAUGAGGCAAGAAUGCAACCAAAAAAUCCUUCUCAGCCACCACCUGUCCCUGCCAAAAAAUGCCGAGAACGCCUUUCUAAUGGAUUAUAUCAUCCUCCCAUGACCACAAGUGGAAACCACUCAAGUUUAGAAGCACCAUGUUUGCCAGUAAAAAAGACCAGCUCGUCCACUCCCAUUGAUUGUCAUGGAGUACCUGUCCAUAGGACAUCUUCUGAACAGGAACCCAGUAGCCCUCCUAGCCCGCUGCCACCCUGGCUGUCGGAGCUCCCAGAGACUGCUAGUGUUCAGCAGCAUGUGGUAAAGCUCGGUCCUGCUUCAGCAAGGAAAGUCUCUUGCAGCAGAGGAAUGGAUUUGGAAAUGGUGAUAGAAAACAAGCUGCAGUCUGAAGACAUUGAUCUUACUGAAGAACCGUACUCAGACAAGCAUGGUCGCUGUGGCAUUCCUGAGGCUUUGGUACAGAGGUACUCCGAAGACUUAGAGCAGCCUGAAAAGGAUGUGGCUACAAACAUGGACCAAAUCCGGGUAAAGCAGCUGAGGAAGCAGCAUCGCAUGGCAAUUCCAAGUGGAGGACUCACAGAAAUUUGCCGUAAACCUGUAUCCCCAGGACUCAUCACCUCUGUGUCUGACUGGUUGAUUUCCAUUGGUUUGCCUAUGUAUUCCAGCCUGCUCACAGAAGCAGGAUUCAACACACUGAGCAAAGUGCCUUCUCUGUCACAAACUUGCCUUCAAAAAGCUGGCAUCACAGAGGAAAGGCACAUAAGCAAGCUCCUGGCAGCAGCAAGACUCUUCAAACCUCUUGAUCCAGAGGCAAUUUAACAUGCUCCAUAGUGUGACAUUGCCUGGUUGAGAAUCCACUGCUUCUUCCUGCACCAGUACCACUCUAAUCACUUCACAUAGCUAAAGGGAUCAAGGAAGUGGCUCCCCAGGACAGGCAGAUUAUCUUCUUCAAAGGAUAUGAAAGUAUUUGGCCACUGAAGGAGAAGAGAGGCAACCACCAGGUAACACAGAUGUGGUACUUCCCUCCCCCUCACUCCCAUCUGAAAUAUUCCUGUUUCAUAAACUGUACAGGGUUGGCCUGAGAAUCAGACAGCUUCACAGAAUUAAGGGACCCUUGCACAUUUUCCUCAAGUUUGUGAUAGUGAUACUAGUAACAGGUCUUUUGUACAUCUAGGUUCCAGGUACCUGAAAUCAGUCCUAAAGACCAGGUACAAAUUAAGGUGCAAAUUCCAGUAGAAGCUGUUUGGCAAAUGUCUUAUGUUUAUUACAGCAGUCUAGAGCUAAACACAAAGCCCUCCCCAGUCAUCUUUGCUGUUGCUUGGUAUAGGUCCCAGUUGCUACGAAGCCUUUAGCUAGGCUGAAGUUGAUGGACUGAAAUUAGUUUUCAGUGUGGUCCAUCUCUGUCACUUCAAUGCAAAUAA